AUGGCUAAAGGAAAGACAACUAAGGAUUUCCUUCCGACUGCUGAUUCAGAUAGCGAGCUGGACUUCAGUGAUGCUCCUGCAAGCAAAUUUGUGAAACCUACGCGACUGGAAGAUGAGGACGACUUUGCAUCUGACGAUGAGGAGGAGAAAGUAUUCCAGACCAAAGGGAAACAGGUGAAGCAGAACUUUGGAUCUGAAGAUGAAGAUGAGGAAGAUGAUUUGGAUGACAGUGAUCUGGAUGAAGAGGAUGAUAUACCAAAGAAAGGAAAGAAAGAUGAAACUAGUGCUAUGGUCACUGAACAGAAGAAGAGAUCUAAGAAGCUCAAGAAACUCACUCCAGAACAACUUGCAAAGGAGCAAAAGAAGAUAAAGAAGACGGGUGUCUGCUACCUUUCAAGUAUACCACCAUACAUGAAGCCUGUCAAGUUAAGAUCUGUGUUGUCCAGGUACGGUAAACUAGAUAGAAUCUUCUUGAAACCUGAGGACGAAGCAUCAUACAAAAAGAGAGUCAAAUACGGCGGUAACAAGAAGAAGAAGUACACGGAAGGAUGGGUUGAGUUUGUCAACAAGAAGGAGGCCAAGCUCUGUGCUGAAAGUAUGAAUGGUAAUAUCUUGGGCGGUAAGAAGUCCUCAUACUACCAUGACGAUAUAAUAAACAUCAAAUACUUAUCUGGCUUCAAAUGGUUCGACUUGACGCAACAGAUUGCUAAGGAGAAUGAAAUCAGACAAGCCAAGUUGUCCAUGGAGAUUUCUCAACAGCAGAAACUCAACAAGACAUUCGUUAAUAAUGUGGAACGUUCCAAACGUGAUCAAAGAAAGAGGAAAGCUGGUGGCGAUGAAGGCGACAAGAACCUGUUCAAGAGAGACUUCGACCAGCGUGACAUUACAAGUACGAGGCACGACGCAAAGCCUCAAUUCAAGAAAGCGAAGAACAGUGACAACUUGGACAGUGUUCUUUCGAAAGUCUUUUAA